AUGUUGGAGAAAUUGCAUGUUAGGCGUCAGCUUAUCGCCGAAAUGAAGGUCGCUCCGUUGUUUUCAGAGCUCGCAUUGGACAAAAGUCUCAGAAGUGGUGGACUUCCAGAGCCUCAUAAAAAAAAAAUUUACGAAGACAAAGUUGAUCUAAGCGUGGCAAUGUGGGAUAUCUUAUAUACGUUCUUUAGAGAGAAUUCUAAAGCACCUAGCUCUGACAUUCAUUCUACAUUUGUCCUUGGAAUACACUCAUGGGGAUGGAUUCAUGAUAUAUAUGGAAUGGACGACUUGGUUGUAUUUCUCAUUCAAAGCCUAAAAACGCUCUCAGUACUCGAAAGUUUCUAUGUACUUUUUACGGAUCUGCAGACCACGUUGAAUACUAUUUGUGAACACACAAAUAGUGUCUCGCUUGCACAUUCACGUGCACACAGAAAUCGAAAAAGGAAGAAUCCGGAACAAGCUGGUGAGAAAGGAGGAUCAUUCGGAAAUCCUUCACAAAGCCCAGAAAAGAAGGGUAGAAAAUAUGAAGAUCAUUAA